AGAAACAGAGAGAGAGAGAGGGAGUCGGGGGAAAGGUUCUGCCCUACUGUGCUCUUUUCGUUUUAAUUUAUUAGUUUUUUUAAUUAUUUUUUUUUUUGCACUGAAAGCGAGACAUGGAAAAGCGCUGCUAGCAUACGGGUAUCGCGACGCAGCUGCCGGAUUAAUCAAGUGACAGGAGCCGCAGCGAUGGAGAGACGCGCCAGGCAAUACUUGAAAACUUGCGCCCACUUACGCCUGGCUCGACUAUGCUUGUUCACUACUGGCUUAGCGCAAUUGUGCGCUGGAUUUAACUUGGACGUGGAUCAUCCGAGUGUAUAUACCGGUCCCGAGGGUAGCUAUUUUGGCUUUUCGGUGGAGUUUUACCUUCCAAACGCAUCCAGGUUUAGUGUUCUUGUUGGAGCACCCAAAGCCAACACCAGUCAGCCCAACAUAACAGAAGGUGGAGCGGUGUUCUUCUGCCCCUGGAAUCAGCACCAACAUGCCAACAGCAGCUGCCAGUCCCUUGACUUUGACACCAAAGGAAAUGAUUUCAGGAUGGUUGGGAGUACAUCUCAACAGAUGGAGUUUAAAUCCCAUCAGUGGUUUGGUGCUACUGUCCGCUCUCAUGGAGAUUCCAUACUGGCCUGCGCCCCACUGUACCACUGGAGAACAUGGAAAGAAAUCGCUGCAUCUGACGUCACAGGCAACUGCUUCCUGUCCAUCGGCAACUUUAGCCAACUUGUGCAGUAUGCGCCAUGUCGUUCAGAUAUGGAUGGCCCCCAAGGACAAGGCUACUGCCAAGGCGGCUUUAGUGCAGAUUUUACAAAGAGUGGUCGCGUUGUUCUUGGAGGACCUGGAAGUUACUUUUGGCAAGGUCAGCUGUUGUCGGCCAGUCAGCAGAACAUUGUGAAAGCCUAUUUCCCGGAUUACUUCAUCCUGCCAGCGAGUGAACAGCUUCACACACGCCAAGCCCAAUCUUUCUAUGAUGACAGCUACCUCGGUUACUCUGUGGCCGUGGGAGAGUUUACAGGAGAUACUGAUGAAGAUUUCGUCACUGGGGUCCCCAAAGGAGACCUGCUGUUUGGCUACGUGGCCAUUCUUAAUGGAACCAACAUAAAGACCGUCUCAAAUAUUUCCGGCACUCAGAUGGGGGCCUAUUUUGGUUACGCUGUUGCGGUGACAGACGUGAACAGUGAUGGGUUUGAUGACCUACUAGUGGGAGCGCCCAUGUUCAUGGUCAAGGGACCCAAUGGCCAGUUUGAGGAAGUGGGCCAGGUGUCUGUCUACUUACAGGACGGACCCCUGAGUUUUAAUUCUGAUCCCCAGGUGCUGACUGGCACACAGGUCUACGGCCGAUUUGGGAGUUCUAUUGCACCUCUGGGUGACCUGAACCAAGAUGGCUACAAUGAUGUUGCACUUGGCUGCCCAUUUGGUGGAGAACAUCAGCAAGGCGUGGUCUACAUUUAUAACGGGCAUGCUGGAGGACUGAUGGGCACACCUUCACAAGUCCUUAUAGGCCAGUGGGCCUCCACCAACUUGCCUCCCAGCUUUGGAUUUGCCAUUCGUGGAAAUAAAGACCUGGAUGAGAAUGGCUACCCAGAUGUCCUUGUUGGAGCUUUCGGGGUAGACAGAGUUUCGCUGUACAGAGCUCGUCCGAUUGUUAACGCCAGUGCCACCCUUCUCAUCACCCCAAACAUGCUGAACCCCGAAGAGAAGUCUUGCUUUAUUCCUCAGACCUCGCAUGUGGUGUCUUGCGUUAGCCUCACUUUCUGUCUUACAGCCAAUGGGCGACACCUUCCUCACAAUAUUGCCUUCAGUGUGGACUUGCAGCUUGACCAAAGGAAACAGAAAGGAGCAGUUAGACGGGUGAACUUCCUGUCCAACAGGCAGCCCAGCCUGCAGCAGACAAUCAGUGUGCAGAAUGGAGCGGCCGAAACCUGCCGGGAAAUGAAGGUCUACCUCAAGGAUGAAUCAGAAUUCCGAGACAAGCUCUCUUCCAUUUACGUUACCCUGAACUUCACCUUGGAUUCUCAGGCCCCCGCCGACCGGCAUGGCCUCCAGCCCAUCCUCAACUAUCAGACUCAGCAGCUCAUUGAGCAGAAGGUUCAGAUUCUGCUCGAUUGUGGUGAGGAUAACAUCUGCGUCCCAGAUCUCAAGCUGGCAGUUCAUGGGGACCGUAAAGAGGUGUACCUCGGUGAUGACAAUUCCUUGACUUUGACUUUCAACGCCCGCAAUGAAGGUGAAGGUGGUGCUUAUGAAGCUGAGCUGUAUGUGGUCCCACCUCCAGAGUCUGAGUAUAUUGGGAUUGUACGCAACAAUGAGUCUCUCUCUGAACUUACCUGUAGCUACGAGAUGGAGAAUCAGACCAGAGUAGUCAUCUGUGAUUUGGGCAACCCAAUGAAGUCCAAGACCAGCCUAUGGGGUGGUCUACGCUUUAAAGUCCCACACUUGAAGGACAAGAAGAGGACUGUGCAGUUUGAGUUUCAGAUCCGCAGUAAGAAUGAGAACAAUUCAAGAAGCGAACUGGUCCACUAUACGCUUGACGUGGCUGUGUCGGCUGCAGUCUCGUUCUUGGGAGCAUCACACCCAGAAAAUGUUAUUUUCCCUCUGGUCAACUGGAAAGCGACCAAGAAUCCCGAGAUGGAACAGGACAUAGGGCCUUUGGUCCAGCAUGUGUAUGAGAUGACCAACAAAGGCCCAAGCCUAAUCAGCCACACCCUUCUGAAGGUGAACUGCCCAGUUAAGCUGCACAGUCACCAUCUGUUGUAUCCUGUAGAGAUCAUCACACAAGGCCCUCUCAACUGUAGCACCAACACCUCCAUAAACCCUUUCCAGGUUAAGGUAAGCCAUUCAUAA